CCGAAUGUGCUGUGUUAUGUGUCACCCCGCGUGUCUACCAAUUCACACACACGAGUCGGUUUCAUUACAAUAGGCGCCGGCGGCCUCAUUUCCUUUACGCUCUCUCCUUCAUAUUCACAUUCUCAUUCUCACACACACUCCCACUCGCGGUGGUUUUUGCGGCGGCGCUGUUUCAUCUCUCCGGCGAACGAAUAUCCGAACGCCACAAAAUUCUAAUUGGCGAUAAGGUGAAAUGGCGGAGCCGAAGCUUCCAGUGGAAGGAAAACGCAACAUCCUCAUCACCAGUGCCUUGCCUUACGUCAAUAACGUUCCUCAUCUCGGCAACAUCAUUGGAUGUGUGUUGAGUGCCGAUGUGUUUGCUCGGUACUGUCGGCUUCGGGGUUACAAUAUUAUUUACAUCUGCGGUACUGAUGAGUACGGUACAGCAACAGAGACAAAAGCCAUGGAAGAAAAUUGCUCUCCGAAAGAGAUUUGUGACAAAUACUAUGCUAUUCACAAGGAGGUCUAUGAUUGGUUCAAUAUAAGUUUUGAUGAGUUUGGGCGGACCUCAUCCCCUCAACAGACUGAAGUUUGCCAAGCAAUUUUUAAAAAAAUAUAUGAUAAUAAAUGGCUCUCGGAGAACACAAUGCAGCAGCUUUACUGCGAUACAUGUCAAAGGUUCUUAGCUGAUCGACUUGUGGAAGGUACAUGCCCAACUCCUGGCUGUGAGUAUGAUUCUGCCCGAGGAGACCAGUGUGAGAAGUGUGGAAAGCUUCUAAAUCCAACAGAAUUGAAAACUCCCAGGUGCAAGGUUUGUCAAAAAACUCCUCGAAUUCGUGAUACAGACCACUUAUUUCUUGAGCUGCCCCUAUUGAAAGAUAGACUGGAAAAAUACAUCAAUGAGAUGUCUGUGGUUGGUGCAUGGAGUCAGAAUGCUAUCCAAACAACAAAUUCAUGGCUUAGAGAAGGAUUAAAGCCUCGCUGUAUUACCCGGGAUCUAAAGUGGGGGGUUCCUGUUCCACAUGAAAAAUACAGUAACAAGGUUUUCUAUGUUUGGUUCGAUGCACCUAUUGGAUAUGUCUCAAUCACUGCAUGCUACACACGGGAUUGGGAGAAAUGGUGGAAAAACCCUGAGAAUGUGGAGUUGUAUCAAUUUAUGGGCAAGGACAAUGUGCCAUUCCACACUGUGAUGUUUCCAUCUACUUUACUUGGAACAAAUGAAAAUUGGACUUUAAUGAAGACUAUUAGUGUUACCGAAUACUUGAAUUAUGAAGCAGGGAAGUUUUCCAAGAGCAAAGGCAUCGGGGUAUUUGGUAAUGAUGUGAAGGAUACCAGUGUUCCAGUUGAAGUAUGGAGAUAUUAUUUGCUCACAAAUAGGCCCGAGGUAUCAGAUACGUUAUUUACAUGGCCUGACCUGCAAGCAAAAUUAAAUAGUGAGUUGCUGAAUAAUUUGGGCAACUUCAUCAACCGAGUUUUGAGUUUUAUUGCCAAACCUGCAGGUCAAGGAUAUGAUUCCAUUAUUCCCUCUGUUCCUGAUGAUGUAAGUUGUGACUCCCAUGAUCUGACAAAAAAAUUGACUGAUAAAGUUGCUGCAUAUCUGGACCAGUACAUAGAAGCAAUGGAGAAGGUUAAACUAAAGCAAGGAUUGAAAAUUGCAAUGAGCAUAUCUGGUGAGGGAAAUGCAUAUCUGCAGGAAACUGAAUUCUGGCGCCUUUACAAGGAAAAUCGAUCUCUCUGCUCCCUUGUUAUGAAAACUGCAGUUGGGAUUGUAUAUCUUCUUUCUUGUUUAUUGGAACCAUAUAUGCCAUCUUUCACUACUGAGGUAUUUAAGCAGCUAAAUUUGCCUGCGGAGGUACACAUUUCACUUUGUGAUGACAAAGGAGAUGUUGAUAGGGUAAAAAGACCUUGGGAUAUCAUAAGUGCUGGUCAUAAAAUUGGAACACCCAAGCCGCUGUUCAGGGAACUGAAAGAUGAAGAAGUGGAGUUCUACAGGAAGAAGUUUGCUGGAAGUCAAGCUGAUAGGGUUGUUCGUGCGGAGGCUGAAGCUGAAAAAGUUGCUGAGCAACUGAAGAAAACGAAAGUUUCAGAUAGCACUGGAAAGAAAAAAUCAUCAUCAAAAUCAUCAAAUGAAGCCAAAACCAAGGCUGCUGAACUGGAUAUUUCCAUCACAAGGCUUGAUAUACGGGUUGGACUCAUAAAAAAAGCUCAAAAGCAUCCUGAUGCAGAUUCACUAUAUGUGGAAGAGAUUGAUGUGGGUGAAAACCAAACCAGAACUGUUGUUAGUGGGCUUGUCAAAUACAUACCGCUUGAUGAAAUGCAGAAUCGAAAGGUCUGUGUUCUUUGCAACCUAAAGCCAGCAACCAUGAGGGGCAUUAAAUCCCAAGCGAUGGUUCUUGCUGCUUCCAAUGAUGAUCACACCAAGGUUGAGUUGGUUGAGCCUCCCAGUUCUGCUCAAGUUGGAGAAAGAAUUACUUUCCCAGGUUAUGAAGGCAAUCCUGAUGAACUCUUGAACCCAAAAAAGAAAGUUUGGGAGACAUUGCAAGUCGAUCUGCACACUAAUGAGGAACUAGUGGCAUGCUACAAAAAUGUGCCACUCACCACAUCAUCUGGCAUUUGCAAGGUUUCAUCCAUACGCAGUGGAUCAAUAAGGUAGACUAACAUCAAGGUCUGGAGUUCAAGAACAGA